CUCAUUAUUAUUUACCUUUAGUAAGUAUCGCACUAACUGAGAGGAUAGAAAGAAAUCAAAACCCUAGACUACAUUGAUUGAACCAUGAUUAUCGAAUUAUGUUCUUGUCUCUUUCUUGAAUGUUAUUCCUUGAUGAUGUUGGGUUUCAAUUGAUAAACAUCUUUUUUUUUUGUUAGAAUUCAAUUCAUUUCGCCAUUUACGUAGUCAUACAUUAUAAUGAAUUGUGUCUUGCACACUAUCCAUUGUCGUGCCUGGUGGGCUGCCUUCGAUUCGUGUUUAAAUGUUUCUUUGUUAUAUUUUUGGGGAAUUGCUGUUAUGGGUGAUUUUUCUAUUCAAAUUACUCCAGAACUUGUUAAUCGAUUUGCUAAUGAUGGGGAGAAAUUAAAGAAGAAAACAAAGAAGACUAAACCUAAGACCCAACGAGAACCUCCCCUGCCCAAACCUAAGGUGAAUGAGAAACAGCUGCAUGAUGAUUCUGAGACCCGCAAAAGGAUUGCUUCUCCAGGAUGGCCAGUUCAAACUCCAAUGUACCUGCCAAUAACCCAACCUGUACAGCCUGCAAAUGCUGAGUUGGAUGAGAUUCGAUCAGUCAUUCGAGAGAGCGAGAGGGUUCUACAAAAGUUGCUGAAGCAGGAGGAUAACAUGGUGCAAAAAGUUACAGAAAGAGCCAAGGAUCUUCGUGAUAAGGAAUUCAAGCUUCCAUACCAGAAGACUAUGCCCUGUUUGGCUGAUUAUGAUGCUUGCAAGGCAUGCUACAAGGAGCAUGCUAAUGAUAUUUUGAAAUGUGCCCCCUUCACUAAGAGUUAUUAUGAAUGUGUUCGCAGAGCUAAGCAGCAACAGAAUUCAGCAGAUAAGUAGACUUUCUUGGAAGAAAAAUUUCUGAGGUGAUAUACAUGAUUCCAACCCAAUUGUGGGUUUUGAGAGAUGAGAGAUAUGCAUUUUUGCUGUGAAAAUAAGCAAAGCACUAAUUACCCUUAUCGGAAUGUAAGCUGUGCUGUCAUGGUACAUUUAGAAUUUUGUUAGAACAAUUGUUUGUCACAAAACAAUGUUGAAAUUCUCAUGGCAAGCAGUGCCAUGUUAAAAUUUCUUUUGGAACAUGUGAGUGAAAGUUGACUCCUCUCGUGGUGAAUCUCAAUUUGGCAAUAUGGAAAUAAUUCAAUCUCA